AGUGAAGCACUAGCCGCUUUGGGAUAUUUCCUUUGUCUUCCUGGCGAAGAAAAAGCUUCUAACCAAGUUUUAGAUCAAACUAAUGAUUGCACUUGCAUUGGGGAAGAUAUUCACCAAUCGUGCGGUUCGAUCGGCGUUAAUCCUAGCGACGCUACAUUGCUCCAUUACCUUCAUAUUGCCAUUGAUUCGACGCGAGUGGUCUUGAGUUUUGUGGAACAUCAGCUCAUACCGCCCCAUGCUCUUGAAUGUUUAGAUGGAGAAAAGUUUGCCGAUUCCUCUUUGAUGAAAGAAGGAUCUUCUCUUGGGACUUACGAUCUUUUAAAGGUUAGCAUUUACUUUAUGCGAUAUCAGGCUAUUUUUUAUGACAAACUGACCAAAUGA